GGGACUCAAAUCACAGAGCUAGCAUCUACUGCACACCAGGCCCUGUGCUCAGGGCUCCUUAAUCAUCCCAGCAGCCUCGUAAAGGAUAACUCAAUUGUCACAAUUUUACAGGCUCUGAGAGGUGAUGUGGUCACGGUCAGUAAAACCUCCCAUGACUUGAACACCUGCUCUGGCCAGAAAAAUGUCAGGUGCUGGCCUCGUGUUGGGAACAUGGGGCUAGAUCAGUCCUGGUUGUUCUAGGGAGGAGUUCACAGACAUGUAUAAAACUGUGAAUGGAGUAAGCACAACAGUAAGGAUAAGAGCAGGGCUGAUAGGAGCUCAGAGGAGCCCCCAGCCCAGCUGGGAGUGAGGAGCCUUCUAAAAGAGGGUGCUGCUAGAGCUGAGCCUUCAAGGAGGGGCAGGACUUAGCUGAGUUUGGGCAGGUAUAAAGAAGAUGCUGGAGGGGAGACUGCCCCCAGUCCAGAAGGCAGAGACAGGGGAAGACUUGGGGUCCCAGAGUCUGCCAGGGGUCGUGGGGCAGCCUGUAAUGUGGAGAGGUGGGUAUGGAGAGAUAAGGUGGAGGGCUGGUCAGGAGCCAUGGGGCGGGGGUGAGUAUUUGUGUGUUCUACUCUGAUCUUUCUGCAGUGGAGAGUAGGUGGGAGGGGAUUGAACGGGCAGGGGACUGGUUAAGAGGCUGCUAUAGGGAAAGCAAUUCGGGUUGUAUUCAGGAGGUAGACUCCACAGGACUUGGAGUGGGCAGGGGAGGCAGGGACUGGAGUCUGACCCCUAGGGUUCUGCUUUUAGUAAUUGGCGGGGGCAGAUGGAGGUGCUGUGAUGGGGUGCACUCCGGGAACCAGGAGCAGGUGCGUGGGGAGGAAGGUGAUGGAUUCAAGCUGGGGCAUGUUGAACUUGAGUCUCCUGGGAGGCACUCACUCAACCACACACUCCAUGAGGGCAGGUCCCGGGAUCAGUCUGUCUUGUUCACCCUGGCUUCCAGCACAGUCCCUGUCACUUAGCAGGUGAACAGACGAACAAAUGAAACCUAGGAGAGGGGGUUGGGUAGGACAUAGAAAUAAGGGAGGGUAAGGUCAGUGUGUUUCUGUAAAGUGAGAAAGAAAAGGUCUCAGGAUGUUUACAGGACAGAAAAUGCACGGGCCUCGUUUGAAGGUGUGGAUAGAAGCUGCUGAGGCAGGCAGGGGCUGUGCUGUGUGCGCAGAAACCAUUCUCUGGUGUUGCCUCUUGUCUUGAGCCCAGAGUUCAGCGUCUCCAAAGGCACUAGGGAGCCAUAGAAGGAGUUAAGCAGAGGAGUGACCAGGCUGGGUGCCCCGCUGGGCGCCUUCCACGCCAGUCUCCUGCACUGUCUGCUGCCACAGCUGAGCAGCCCGCGCCUGGCGGUGCGCAAGCGGGCGGUCGGAGCGCUUGGCCACCUGGCGGCCGCCUGCAGCACCGACCUCUUCGUCGAGCUCGCUGACCACCUACUGGACCGGCUGCCCGGCCCGCGGAUGCCCACCAGCCCGGCUGCCAUCCGCACCCUGAUCCAAUGUUUGGGCAGCGUCGGCCGCCAGGCCGGCCACCGCCUCGGGGCUCACCUGGACCGCCUGGUGCCCCUGGUGGAGGAUUUCUGCAACCUGGAUGAUGAUGAGCUCCGGGAGUCCUGCCUCCAGGCUUUUGAGGCCUUCUUGAGGAAGUGCCCCAAGGAAAUGGGCCCUCACGUGCCCAACGUGACCAGCCUCUGCCUCCAGUACAUAAAACACGACCCCAACUACAACUACGGCAGUGAUGAGGAUGAGGAGCAGAUGGAGACAGAGGAUAGUGAAUUCAGUGAGCAAGAGAGUGAAGACGAGUACAGCGAUGAUGAUGACAUGAGCUGGAAGGUGCGCCGGGCAGCUGCCAAGUGCAUCGCAGCCUUGAUCAGCUCGCGGCCUGACCUGCUGCCCGAUUUCCACUGCACCCUGGCACCUGUGCUCAUCCGCCGCUUCAAAGAACGCGAGGAGAACGUCAAGGCUGACGUCUUCACUGCUUACAUCGUGCUGCUGCGGCAAACACGGCCCCCGAAGGGAUGGCUGGAGGCCAUGGAGGAACCCACCCAGACCGGCAGCAACCUCCAUAUGCUACGUGGACAGGUGCCCCUUGUGGUCAAGGCCCUGCAGCGGCAGCUUAAAGAUCGGAGCGUCAGAGCCCGCCAGGGAUGCUUCAGCCUCCUCACUGAGCUGGCGGGUGUCCUCCCCGGCAGCCUGGCCGAGCAUAUGCCUGUGCUGGUAUCAGGCAUCAUCUUCUCGCUGGCCGACCGCUCCAGCUCCUCCACCAUCCGGAUGGAUGCCCUGGCCUUCUUGCAGGGGCUGCUGGGCACCGAACCAGCUGAGGCCUUCCACCCACAUUUGCCUACCCUCCUGCCAUCUGUGAUGGCCUGUGUGGCUGACCCUUUCUACAAGAUUGCAGCCGAGGCCCUGGUGGUGCUGCAGGAGCUGGUGCGGGCCCUGUGGCCGCUGGACAGGCCUCGGAUGCUGGAUCCUCAGCCAUAUGUUGGAGAGAUGUCUGCGGUCACCCUGGCGCGACUCCGUGCCACUGACCUGGACCAGGAGGUGAAGGAGCGGGCCAUUUCCUGCAUGGGCCACCUUGUAGGCCACCUGGGUGACCGGCUUGGGGAUGACCUGGAGCCCACGUUACUGCUCCUCCUGGACCGCCUGCGGAAUGAGAUCACCCGGCUGCCUGCCGUCAAGGCGCUUACGCUGGUGGCCGUAUCCCCACUACAGCUUGACCUACAGCCCAUCCUGGCCGAGGCACUGCCCAUUCUGGCCUCAUUCCUGCGGAAGAACCAGCGGGCUUUGCGACUGGCCACACUGGCAGCCCUGGACGCCCUGGCCCAGAGCCAGGGCCUCAGCCUCCCACCAUCUGCCUUGCAGGCUGUGCUGGCUGAGCUGCCUGCCCUGGUCAACGAGAGUGACAUGCAUGUGGCCCACCUGGCUGUGGACUUCCUUGCCACAGUGACCCAGGCCCAGCCAGCCUCUUUGGUGGAGGUCAGUGGCCCUGUGCUCUCAGAGCUGCUGCGGCUGCUACGUUCGCCCCUGUUGCCAGCCGGGGUUCUGGCAGCUGCUGAAGGCUUCUUGCAGGCCCUGGUGGGGACCCGUCCCCCGUGUGUGGACUAUGCCAAACUCAUCAGCCUGCUCACUGCGCCUGUUUAUGAGCAGGCUGUGGAUGGUGGGCCUGGCCUGCACAAGCAGGUGUUCCACUCAUUGGCCCGGUGUGUGGCAGCCCUCUCAACUGCCUGUCCCCAAGAGGCGGCAAGCACAGCCAACCGCCUGGUCUGCGAUGCCAGGUCGCCCCACUCCAGCACGGGGGUCAAGGUCCUGGCAUUCUUGUCGCUGGCUGAGGUGGGUCAGGUGGCUGGGCCAGGCCCCCAGCGGGAGCUAAAGGCAGUGCUCCUGGAAGCUUUGGGGUCACCCAGUGAGGAUGUGAGGGCUGCAGCCUCGUAUGCACUGGGCCGCGUGGGUGCUGGCAGCCUGCCCGACUUCCUGCCCUUCCUGCUGGAGCAGAUCGAGGCUGAGCCCCGACGACAGUACCUGCUGCUGCACUCACUCAGGGAGGCCCUGGGGGCCGCCCAGCCUGACAGCCUGAAGCCCUACGCCGAGGACAUCUGGGCCCUGCUGUUCCAGCGCUGCGAGGGCGCUGAGGAGGGCACCCGGGGGGUGGUGGCCGAGUGUAUUGGGAAGCUGGUCCUUGUGAACCCUUCGUUCCUUCUGCCCCGCUUGCGGAAGCAGCUUGCUGCAGGUCGGCCACACACCCGGAGCACCGUCAUCACAGCGGUCAAGUUCCUCAUCUCGGACCAGCCCCAUCCCAUUGACCCCCUCCUAAAGAGCUUCAUCGGAGAGUUCAUGGAGAGCCUGCAGGACCCAGACCUGAACGUGCGCCGUGCGACUCUGGCUUUCUUCAACUCAGCUGUGCACAACAAGCCCUCGCUAGUCCGGGACCUGCUGGAUGACAUCCUGCCCCUCCUCUACCAGGAGACAAAGAUCCGGCGGGACCUCAUCCGAGAGGUGGAGAUGGGGCCCUUUAAACAUACAGUGGACGAUGGGCUGGACGUGCGGAAGGCGGCCUUUGAGUGCAUGUAUUCACUGCUUGAGAGCUGCCUGGGCCAGCUGGAUAUCUGUGAGUUCCUGAACCAUGUGGAGGACGGGCUGAAGGACCACUACGACAUCCGGAUGCUGACCUUCAUUAUGCUUGCCCGGCUGGCCACCCUGUGUCCUGCACCUGUCCUGCAGAGGGUGGACCGACUCAUUGAGCCACUAAGGGCCACUUGCACUGCCAAGGUCAAAGCUGGUUCUGUGAAGCAGGAGUUUGAAAAGCAAGAUGAACUGAAGCGCUCUGCAAUGAGGGCAGUGGCUGCCCUGCUGACCAUCCCCGAGGUGGGGAAAAGCCCCAUCAUGGCCGACUUCUCUUCCCAAAUCAGAUCCAACCCUGAACUUGCUGCCCUCUUUGAAAGCAUCCAGAAGGAUUCCGCUUCAGCCCCCAGCACAGACUCAAUGGAGCUCAGCUAGUCCCCUCAGCACCAAGGUGGGCCCUCGCUUAAGAGAAAGGAGCCCACCCAAGCCCGAGGCCUCCCCAUGCCACCACCACAGGUCUCUACUGUUGCCCUUCCACCAUUUCACUGGGGGCCCUGCCGCUCCUGGUCAGGGCUUACAGUGCCUUCUCCAGGGACCCAACUCAAAGGCCCCCAGCCCAAGCUGUGAGGCUGCCAAGAGUUGGGCCCCUUCCUUAACUCAGGACAGUCAUCCAAAGAAAUAGGGUGAGGAAGUUUUCAGUGACUUCACACUGUACCCCUCCAUAGUCUGUCUGGUUCCUUCAGAGGGUGUCUCUGCCUCAAAACUAGUAGUAUUUAGAAAUAGGCUGUGCUGUCAGCUGUAAAAGGUCAGGAGGCAGCAGACACCACUCUGGUUUCUUCACUGCAUUCAGCAAUGCCUGAGGUUAGUGCUCAGGCCGGGCAUCAAAAGAAGAGAUACUUGAGUUAUUCACAUUUUAAAAUUCAAAACGGUUCAUUUUUAAGUGGCAGUGAUGAAUCAGAAAUUUGGAAGAUGAUACAGGUUUUUUUCCAGGGAGGAGGAAUGGGUUGGUUAGGGAACUGGACAGGCUUGGACCUCAUAUUUCAUUUCUAAUUUCAAAAUACUUACUAGCAAAUUGGGCAACAAGGAAGUACACAUCUUCCACGCCACCACCACCCAGGCAUAACCAGUUGGUUUGUUUCCUUCUGAGGAAGGUUUCAAAUGUGUCUAGUGUUUAGUAUUGAGGACAAAGAAAUACAAGUGGCAGGCCCAAGUAUUUUCUGUGAUAUCCCAGGUUAAUAAAGAUUAGAUUCUAAAUUA